AUGAAUGAAAUUAAUCCUAUCAGAAUCAUUCCAUUGAAAAAACCAAGAACAGGUCAAUCUAUUGCUACUUUGGCUGCAUUUGAUUGUAUUGAUGAUACUGGCUCUACUCUUAAAAUCACUUUAUGGGAUGAAGCUUCAACUGAACUUUUGUCUGUUUGUAAAACUGGUGAUGUUAUCUUUUUAUCUCGUAUUUCACUUUCUACUUUUCGUGAUCUACUUCAAGGAAUUACUACUGAUAGUACAAGGGCACAGAUUUGUUAUAGGUUGGAACCUAUUGAACCAACAGAUCUCUCAUUUUGUUAUGAUCUUAGAUUAGAUUUUAAUCCUACUACAUGUCGUGUUGAUGAAUUGGCCAAAUGGGCGCGUAAUUUAUUUGAAUAUCAUGAAUUCUGA